GACAAAUCCAGGCAUGGUACUAUAAAGUUAGGCGACGCUAUUGCUCACUUCUCUGCACUGACCUGCCUCUGCUCUCCAAUCAACGAAUCCCGCUUGUUAUUCUUCCAGUUCCUUUAUCUUUUGAAACCCUUCUUUUUGUUUCCACUACCCUAAUCCCUACAGCCCCUAUUCCUUGUCUUAGCUGUAUAAAUCAAUCACCAUUCAUUUUCCAAAAAGAGAUAACAUUCCCCACCGACAACCCUUUUUCCAAUUCUUCUCCAUUCCUUGAAUUUAUCACCCAAAAAGAAAAAGCUUCAUUCAAUCCUACAGAACAGAGUGGGAACAGAGUGGAGCAGAGCUCCUCUGUUCUUUUUCUCCAACAAAAUGGGUAAUUGUUUGUUUGGCGGAAGGUCGGGGGAGAUUCAGGGCAAAAUCAAAGUUAUCACAUCCAACGGCGGGAUUAUGGAGUUGGGUUCUCCGAUCACCGUCGGAUGCAUCGCCGAUGAGUUUCCCGGCUACGGAAUAUUCAAAAGCCACGACCUUUUCUGGAACCCACUGCCGCACGAUGAGGAGCUUCUGACGGGAAAAUCGUAUUAUUUGCUUCCGAGAAACAGGGGAGAGGGGGAGAUGGGGAUGAUAAGAGCGCGGGAGGGGCACGUGAGGUCAAACAGCGUGCCGGAAGAGACGGCGGCGGUUGCGAUGGCACCGUACAGGAUGUCGUUCGAUUACCAGGGGGCAUUGAGGAGGUCGCAGACGGAAGUGUUUUCGAGGUGCAGUGAGAAGAACGGUGGGGUUUGGAAGGUGAAAUUGGUGAUUAGUCCGAAGCGGUUGGUGGAGAUAUUGGAGGAGGAAGGGCACACUCAAGAAUUGAUAGAGAAUGUUAGAACUGUGGCUAAAUGUGGAAGCACGAGCACAAGCACAAGCACAAGCAGCAGUUUCUCGUCGUCAAUGGCGUUUUCAGAUCAAUGGAGUUUGUCGACCACCACCGCCAAUGCGACUCCAACUGCUUCUUCUAAAAGUGGCGGCUUUCUGGAGUUGUAACAUUACAACACAAGUCUUCUUUGAAUUCAUGGGUUUAUUUUAUUUUUGUUCUUAGCUUUCAAGAUUUCUAUUUGAACAAAGGUUAGAGAAUUAGGGAUAGUGAUUUCAAAUGGGUGUACUGAUGUAUGUUUUUUUCUUUUUGCUAUCUAAUCAUUUACAACAGAGUAUGUGUAUUGGAGUUUAUCAUGGACGGUAUUGAAAUUAAAUAUAUACAUUUUGUGUUCUCAACAA